UUGACCUACUUUCGUUUUAAGCGAGGUCAUGGCUGCUAGAAAUGAGAAUUUAACAUAAAUAUUUCAUUUUUGGUUAAUUGGGUGUUUUUUUUUCAAUUGGAACAUAAGUCAUCUAAACAUGGCGUCGUAUUCGCCUCAAAGACCAAGGAUCAGACGUAUGUCUAGUGUGAGUACUGAUCCUGGACUUGGAAUGAUUUUAGCCAAAGGUGGGGACAACAGAAUAAGUGGUAUAGAAGAUUCCUCCCCAGAGAAAGAUCUGAAAAAAGAACUGGACGAACAGUAUCGAAUCCUGAAACGCCAGAUCCUGCAGUAUCAGAGUAUGACACUGGGGCUGUUUCCUCGUAUCGGAUGUACAGAAAAACAGUCUAAGGUUGCCUCUGUGAGGGACAGUAUCUACUGUGCUGCCGCCGCUUGGGCCCUCUCACAGGCUUUCAGGCGUAUUGACAAUGAUGGGGGUCGCACACAUGAGCUUGCUCAGAUAGCAGUGAAAUGUAUGCGGGGAAUCCUGUAUUGCUGGUUAAGGCAGGCAGACAAGGUGGAAAAGUUCAAAGAAAACCAGAGUCAAAACCACGCCCUACAUUGCUUGUUUGAUCUGCUCACUGGUGACCCCGUGUACAAGGACGAUGAAUAUGAGCAUCUGCAGAUUGACAUUGUGGCCCUCUACAUCUUAUUCCUGGUACAGAUGACAACCUCGGGACUGCAGAUCAUAUUUACCACAGACGAAGUAUCGUUUGUCCAGAAUCUCGUGUUUUACGUGGAACGAGCGUAUCGUACCCCCGACUAUGGAAUGUGGGAAAGAGGCAGCAAAUACAACAUCGGAGUCACUGAAGUUCAUGCAAGUUCUAUCGGGUUGGCAAAGGCUGCACUUGAAGCAGUGAACGGCGUCAAUCUCUUUGGUGAUCAGGGUGCAUCGUGGUCUGUGAUCUUUGUAGACAUUGACGCACACAAUCGGAAUCGGACAAUCUUUGAAUCUAUCUUGCCCAGGGAAUCCAACUCUAAGAACACAGAUGCAUCUCUCUUAGCGACAGUUUCAUGGCCAGCAUUUGCAAUUCACGAGGAGCCAGUGAGGUCCCGAACCAUCUCCAAGGUCAUCCGAAAACUGAGCGGGGUCAAGGGAAUUAAACGUUUUAUUCGUGAUGGGUACAAAACAGUUGUUGAGGAUAAAAAUCGAAAGUAUUAUCGACCUGCAGAAAUUAAGAAUUUUGAUGGGAUAGAGUGUGAAUGGCCGAUGUUCUAUGUGUACCUUUUGUUGGAUCGAAUAUUUCAAAAUGACAAGGAGGGAGUAAAGAAGUAUUCUGCCAUGCUUGAUCACGUUAUGACCCGAUCUAAUGAUGGUCUGCUCAUGCCGCACUACUUUUACAUCCCCGCUGAACAGGUUGAGAUUGAGAGAAUGCAGCCGGGCCGAGGAAGACGGUACCCGAGUGAUGCAGGCUCCACCAAGGGCAUCUUUCUCUGGGGACAAGCUGUCUACUUCAUCUCACAGUUGCUAGUGAAAGAGCUGCUCAACAUUAACGAUAUUGACCCAAUACGUCGCCACUUGCCAGCCUCGGAACGGCCGAAAGUGAACAGCCGAUAUUCAUCAUUUCAGGAAACAAGGUCUUUUCAGCCAUCAAAUCAUCGUAUAACACCCCCAGACCUGGUGCUACAAAUUGUGCUGAUUGCGGAGAGCUCCCGGCUACAGCAGCUGCUAGCUACAUACGGCAUACAGACGCAAACCCCGCAUCAGAUUGAGCCAAUUCAGAUAUGGUCGCCAAAAGAGCUGUCCAAGGCGUAUGAAUAUCUGGGCAUCAACAAGAAACUUGGGCUUACUGGACGUCCCAAAAGACCAUUUGGAGUUUUGAGUACAUCAAAGAUCUAUCGCGCAUGUGGGGCAACGGUGCUAUGUUAUCCUCUUCUGUUUGAAGUCACAGAUUUCUACAUGGCUCAAGACAUCAGCAUCGUCAUUGAUGACCUCAAGAAUGAUCUGACAUUUCUGUCUAAGUGCUGGAAGCUCGCUGGACGCCCCACGUUCUGUAUGUUGAUUCGGGAAAACAACAUUCGGGGGACGAACUUCACUGAGUUUCUCGAGUUGUUAGCUGCAUUCAAAAGUGGCGAUGUUGAUGGUAUUAGGGUACGGGUUGGAAGAUUGCAGACCCUGAUAUCGUCAGCUUGUGUGGAACAUCUUGAUUUCCUGUCCCAGCUGCCAGAUCCGUCAAUUUUCCAGCGAUUGGAGCAGUCAAACCAUGGGCAGUAUAGCUUUAAAAGCCUCACAGAUAUUCCGGCCGUCAUGAACAUUGCCGACAAUACAGUGUUGGAUGAAGCUGAUUUGAAGGUGAAGGCAACGUGGGAUCUUAUACAGAUGUUCCGAUGUACCGAGUCACUCGAAGCACAGGCCCAGCUCCUCAAACUGCUCCUUCACAGAGAGGGUCCCAACUACACAUUUGAGGGUCAGUCUGUGUCUCGGAGGCUUGACCAGCUGGUGACAAGAGCGGGGUUACACAAACAGUGGGGGGUUGUGAGACUUUGCUCCGCACUCCUGAGGAAACUUGUCGACUCCCUCGCACCUUCCAUAACCAGCAUCCUCGUGAGAGGAAAACAGCUGACAGUCGGUGUUUUUGGUCAUGAAGAGGAAGUUUUGGACAAACCAGUGAGCCCCAAUGAGAUUAAGAGCAUUCUGUACAGCAAGUGUAUGCCGUACAACAUCUGUCAGGCUGUUCUGCAACAGGAGUUGAUUCUGGCCAUCGGGAAACACAUAGCGACCAUGCCGGAAACAUACGACGGAAUUCUGAAAAUCAGGAUUGGAUGGUUUGUGCGCGCCAUGGAGAUGGAGAUGGAACUGGAAGAGGAUCAUGUUCCUGUCACAUCGCUCUCUCCGUACCAGGUAAAACAGCUACUUAUGAAUAUAAUCCUGGUUCACCGAUCUGACGAGUAUGACAUUCGCAGUCCGCUGCAGCAACGUCAGCUGGACGGAGCACUGAGUCGUGUGCCGAAAGACUUCUAUGAGCGUGUUUGGGAGAUACUGGAGAGAACACCAGGAGGAAUUAAAGUAGCGGGAUAUCUUUUGCCACAGCAACCAACCCUGUCGGACAUGACGAUGCAGGAGUUGAACUUCUCACUGCUUGUGGAGGAAAUGUUGAGCAAGAUUAUUGACCCAGCGUAUCGACAACUCAUGGUCGAAGCUUUCAUGGUCGUAUCGACAAUCUUAAGAAGGAAUCCUGAACUCAUGUUCCAUCAUUCAGUCAAUAUGGACAAGACAAUAUCUGAUGCUUUUGAAGAGUUCCAGAAGGAUCGUUCACGCUUGGAAGGCGAUGAAAAACAGGACGAUAUGCGGCAAUUCUUCAACACACUUCCAAACAUAAAACACGGCACCACGUCUUAUAUCAUCAAGGCGGUUGUCAAAAAUCUUCUUGAUGGAGAUAUAAAAGUUUCAAUGGAGGACAUGUGUGCCAUUACUUAAAUAAAAGUGCAGAAUUUUUGUUAACUUGUGCAAUUUGCAAUGAGUUUUGGAACGCGAAACACUUGCUUCUAUAAUCAUAGUCAUAAGGAUGAUUAGAAUUCUACAGGAUGAAGAUAUCAAUGUUUCUAUGGAAGACAUGUGCUUUUGCUUGAAUAUAAGGUGUUGAUUUUUUUUUAUGUUGUGUAAAUUGCAACUCUCAUCUGCAUAUAAAAUAUCAUUCGGAGCUCCUCUGCCGUUUUAUCGAAAACAACCUCGGAUGUACGCCGGUACAUCUGUUGAAGUAGUUCGUAAAAUUUUGAAUUGUAUCAUUAGUUAAAUGUAAUGUUUUAGAAAUGUAUUUAUUGAUCUAAGUUUAAAUUUAUUGUCAUUGAAUUGUAUUAAAGCAAACAUAAUGAAGAAUCCCAAGAGUUAAGUCACAAAGUUUAACUGCUAAAUAAAAUUACUACGCGAUCUACUUGCAGCGGACUUAAACGUACCACUUUUUGAGUGUGUAAACCAUCCAAAUACAUCCGAGGUUGUUUUCGAUAAAACGGCAGAGGAGCUCCGAAUGAUAAAAUAUGGCAUUACAUGUACAGAUAUCAAAUUAAGACCUUUGGAAGCACAAGUGAACUAGUGAAUGGCACCAAAAUUUUCAAAAAGCCCUGCUAUAUAAAAUCCAGAAUUUGAGCAAGAAAUCUUCUUCAUGGGAAAAUUAAUUUCAAUGGAAAAGAAGAAUGGCUUCUAUAACUUGAACAGGCAAUGUAAACAAAAUAUUCUGACUUGUUGUGUGAUUUGCAGUAUUCUUUGGAAAACAAACCUGUAUCACCAAAGUUUUUGGGACAUACGUUUCAGUCGAACCAAUAUAUAUUUUUUUUCAUUUGCUUGAAAGGAAUAAGCGUGAUGAGUUGUUGAGCAAAAUCAAUAAGAAAAGAAAUUAAUAGUAGUAGACUGCACAAAAUUGCUUUGUGCAUCGUGUGGAGACUUCAUGUGUUGCUAUAAAAGAUUAGUUGGCUAGUACAUGUGCUGCUGUAUAUAUCCAACCUGGUCACACAUUUCGUCGGUGAUUUAGAACCUGCAUGUACUGUUAACAUGAUUUGUGCUUGAUUAUGUGGGUUUUUUUUCUUUUCAUUGAAAGGUAAAGUUACUAGGUGGCAAAAUUGUCGAAUGUUUGGUGCUUUGUAAAAAUGACUGUACUUCAUAAAAAGCUAUAAACACAUCAAUAUAGGCAAAAACAAGCCUUUUUUGUCAAAAUCUUAGUUAAUGACUUGAAACCAAAAUGAUCAUAUGUUAAAAAGGUUUUUAUCACACUACUGUAUCAAUUAUAUUGUACCCUAAUUCAAACAAGUAAAUUCGGUUAACCAUUACCUGUUUUUUUUCCAGAAAAAAGAAAGAUAUUAUUUGAACUGACCACAUUCCCCCCACAUAAUUAUAAUUAUUUUGUAUAAUGAUAAAUUCCAAACCUGUUGUUCAGCCGUCACUAAUCCACAUCUUUAUGCUGUGUCCACCUGUAAUAAUAUUGAGUUUUCCCAUGCUUUUACAUAGGGUACACUCUUAUUCAAAAUCAAUGCAUACACAAUUACACAUGUAUAACAAACAUAAAUUUUGAGUGAUAAAUCUUUUAACUACUUACUAAAUAAUGCAUUUAUGGAAAUUAUUAAAUAUUGAUAACAAGAUUGUAACAGUGUAUUUCAAUUGCUGAAAACACAAAAAUAUUAAAUGACUGGUAAGUGCUCAGUAAUUUACUGUAAUCUCAUAAGGUAGAAAUACCGUGUUUUCUGCACCUUUCAUUCAAAUUAAACUCGGUAUCCUUCAUAAGAACCAUUGUUUUACGACAUUUAUUUUAUUCUUUUUAGUAUAUUAAAAUAAUUGUAUUAAUUGUGGUAAAUUUUAUUUGGGAGUAAGAGUGCAUCUUUAAAUGUAAACUGUGAUAAAAUAAAAGAAUAUUGAGUUGAGUUGAGUUGAGCAAUAAAGCACUUGAGUUGUUGUUGAUGGUCCUCAAUGUUUUUUUCUUACUGUCAUACACAUUUUGUACAUAGAAAACCUAUUAUGUUGUAUAUAUUAUUUUGAUGAUUGAUUAUUUUUAAAUUGUACAUUCAAUCCACAAUAUUAUAUUAAUGUGCUUUACUCCUUGAAAAAUAAAACCAUUCACUUGU